AAGGUUCGACUUGACGCACUCACUGCUCGACUGCAGCUGGAAGAAAAAACCCAUCAUCGAUAAUUGAGAACUGGAGGAGGAAAGAAACGGGAAAAACAGAGUUUAUAAGUGCGAUUAGUUCAGUAAGAGUCGAGUAGGUUUGGAUACGUUUAUUUUCUGUCAGUAUAUAAUGGGGAACUGCCACACCGUCGGACCAAACGAGGCCCUGGUGGUUUCAGGUGGCUGCUGUGGCUCAGAUCAGAAGACAUAUGUUGUGGGAGGCUGGUCUUGGGCCUGGUGGCUCAUCUCUGACAUCCAGAGAAUGUCUCUGGAGGUUAUGACCAUCCUCUGUCGCUGCGAGAAUAUCGAAACGUCGGAGGGUGUUCCCCUGGAAGUGACAGGGGUGGCUCAGGUGAAGGUGAUGACGGAAAAUGAGCUGCUGGGUUACGCCUGCGAACAGUUCCUGGGGAAGUCGGUCAUGGAGAUCAAGAGCGUCAUCCUGCAGACCCUUGAGGGUCACCUGCGCGCCAUCCUUGGCACCCUUACUGUUGAGCAGAUUUACCAAGACAGAGACAAAUUUGCUUCGCUGGUGCGAGAGGUGGCAUCACCUGAUGUCGGCCGCAUGGGCAUCGAGAUCCUCAGCUUCACCAUCAAGGAUGUAUACGAUAAAGUGGAAUACCUGAGCUCACUGGGAAAGACUCAGACAGCUGCAGUACAGAGGGAUGCAGACAUCGGAGUGGCAGAGGCCGAGAGAGAUGCUGGCAUCAGGGAAGCUGAGUGUAAGAAAGAAAUGAUGGAUGUCAAGUUCUUAGCUGACACAAAAAUGGCCGACUCCAAACGAGAGCUGGAAAUGCAGAAAGCUUCCUUUAACCAGGAAGUGAACACAAAGAAAGCAGAGGCUCAGCUGGCGUUCGAGCUGCAGGCGGCCAAAGAGCAGCAGAAGAUCCGUCUGGAGGAGAUCGAAAUCGAGGUGGUGCAGAGGAAGAAGCAGAUCGCUAUUGAGGAGAAGGAGGUCAUCCGCACGGACAAGGAGCUCGUCGCCACGGUGAAGAGACCCGCCGAGGCCGAAGCCUACAAGAUGCAGCAGCUGGCUGAGGGACGGAAGAUUAAGACGGUGCUGACGGCGCAGGCCGAGGCCGACAAGAUCCGCCUCAUCGGUGAGGCCGAGGCCUCCUCUAUUGAAGCGGUGGGGAAGGCAGAGGCCGAGAAGAUGAGGCUCAAAGCUGAAGCCUACCAGCAGUACGGCGAGGCUGCCAAGACGGCCCUGGUCCUGGAGGCUCUGCCCUUGAUCGCCAGUAAGGUGGCUGCACCCCUGGCCAGAACCAGUGAGAUUGUCAUCCUGAGUGGAGACGGCAGCCGCGUGACCGGAGAGGUGAACCGUCUAUUAGCUGAGCUCCCCGUGUCCGUCAACGCCCUCACUGGGGUGGAUCUGUCUAAGAUCCCUCUGCUCCAGACGAUGAUGGGCCAACAGUGCCAAGCAGCCGUCUGAAGAGUCAGGCCGGAGACUCGCUACUCUGAAUCCUUCGACAUUUAUCUGCCUCAAGCAUGAAAAGAGUUUUUCCAGCCUCUGACCCCUUAUGCAACUGCCUUCGACCAGAAACACUUGACACCCACCAAGAGUUUUUUUUUUAUAUUUUUAAGAGGUUUUUAAUUUUCUAAAGCAAAAAAAAUAACAAGCUGGGGCCUUACUUCUAAAGGACCAGACUAUAUAUGUAUCUUCUGUUUUUUAGUUUUAGACACAUUGAUUCUUAUCACACGGCACUAGUUAGCGAGUCCUGCGAGUCAUCCAAAGUAGAUUUGGGUGUUUUUGAGAGACAAAAGUCUGAGUUGGCCCCUUUUUGAAUGUUUUUAGAAGGAAAAACACACCAGUCUUCAAUAAAAGGUGCUGGAAAGAGUCCAAAACCGUAAGGCCAAAUCUGAAUAUUGUUCUCUUCUCCAGAGCUGUAUAAAUUUCUACCUGUGGAGUGCACCACCUCCCUGUCAGGUGCUAUGACAUUCAUUCACCUUGGGAGCAGAGUGUCCCAGCUGCUGCCUCUUCAUCCUCAAACAGUUCAGAGCCCAGUUAGUGAAAUAACUCGCUGUAGACUGAGCCCAGCUUUUUAUAGUCUAUUCUCUAUUUCUCAUAGAUUAGUUUAACUCUAACUCAGAGAACUUGUUGGAUUACCUAACCACCACUAGAUCUUCACCCACUGUGAUUGUAAAUUUUAGAGUAUAUUACAAAAUCGGUAAUAUCUGAAUCACUUGUAUGAUAAUUCUUACCUCGCGGUUUACUGUCAUGUUGCCUGUCUUCUGAUGUGCAGUGCCUGUUCACCACUCAAGUGCCCAAACCUUAGGACAGUGGUUUGGCUUUAGAUGGAUUUACAUCCGAGUAUAUCACUGUUAUAGAUGGAUGGUGUUUUAAUAUUGUUCCCUUAUUCUCAUAACACCGGCUUGUACUAACAACAGUGUUUACUCUUCACUUUUGUCACGUGUUUAGACACAUAGGCAGAUAUAUAAACACUAAGCAUAACACAAAGCCAUACUUAGAGAAGAUUAGCCUUAAAAGAUAACCCUGGACGCCUGCCAGGCUCUCUGAACAUUUCUCUAUAACUCAAGUAGGGAAUGGUCGACGUCCAGGGUCUGAGCUUUAAUUCAUUUUUGCUACUCCUCUCUAUCUUUUCCUCCUACUCAGAUGAACUGUUAGUCCUCCUCCUACUCAGAUCUCCGAUGUCGUUUUGAAAUGUUCACUUUUGCAGAUACAUGUUUUGUAACUUUAAAGAGAGUAACCCCCUCAACUCUUCCGGUUGAAAGUUGCCGCUGUGUCGCUCAUCUGACCACACCCAGUCCGCGAUGACAAAGCAGGAAUUUAAUGUUCCAUUCAGUCGGCCCACACCUCUUUGAGUUGGAAGAUAUGCAUGUGAUGAGGUUGUAAUGUUUGUGCUCGGGCGGUCUUCAGUUUGGUUAAUGUAAUGUUGAGCAGUUGGAUCCGUUACUUUUUCCUAACUCUAAGUGAAGCUUUUUAUCUUGUUGCCAGGUCAAUCUAAUUACCACAUGUAGUCUGUUACAAUCAUUUAACCGUUGAAAGCAAUAGAUAAGAGUCACAUCAUCACUUGUGAUGCAGUGUGCAACACCUUUCAACCUCUAGAUGGCAGCAUCGUCGCAGGAUUCGAACCAAUAUUGAGUCUCUCUGCAACCUGAUUGAGCCUUUUGUUGUUAUACAUUUUUUUUUACUUUUUAUUUUCAUAUCACGCUCUUGUCGUUUUGCCAUCCAGCCUGUUUGCAGUUAAGUAGAGCUGAGUUUUUUUUUCGUUCUGUGUUUUGCCUCUGGUUAAUUUGUGAAUUAACACUUUACAGAAUCUGUGACCUUUUUGUUUUAUUUUGCCACCGACCAUUACAAAGCUAUUAUAGUCGCGCUAUUUUCUUUUAUUUCCUGUGAAUACAUUCAAGGCUUGUGGCUUGUUUGGUCUGAGUGAAUUUCAUCUUCUGUUUUUGACAUAAAUGUUACAAUUCCCUCCCAGUUCAAAUGUGUGUCUGCGACUAUUUUCCCUGUUGGUGAAAACGCCGCCUGUCUUGCCACAAAUACAAUAAUAUUAUUAACCUAUCGAUGUGUAAUAUUCUUUACCAUCAUUUGAAAUGGCCAGUAUUUUCAACAAGUGAUUAACAGCAUUUAAUAUCAGUCAUUCAAACCUGACAAAGAUCACCUGAGUGAGAACUCGGUGGUCUGUGAGCGACAUUGAGACAAAUAUCAUUUUUAAACCGGCUGAACGAUAGAUGAUUGACAGUUUUUGUUAUUAUUGGGCUUAGAAAACUGAUCUGGAAAUGCAAAACGACCCACCAAAUGUAGCUUCUGAAUACAUUUAAGGUGAAAACAGUUGCAGAAUCAUCUUGACAGUUUAAAAAGUGGCAACUCCCCAUUAUGUUCUUCACAUAUGUGAGAUGAAUCAACUGUGAGUGUUUGUUUCCAGAGGGGGCAAAGGUUAAAGCAUCUAAAUAAAACUGUUAACAACUUAGUAUUACACUUUGUAAUGAUCCUUUUAUUUAGAAAAGGUAGAUUUAGUUUCUGUACACAGUGCCUUUGUUAAAUAAUGAGGACGUCAUUCAGGUUGUUGACUAUUAAUCACACACAACAUGAAUUUACUAUAAAACAAAGAUUGACUUGUAGAAUAUGUGAACGUUAUACAUAAAUAGUGUUCUUUCUUUCUACCUAUUCUGUUUGAUGUACUUUACAUUCUGUACUGCAAAUGUACAAAGGAACACAGAUAAUAUAUAUAUCUAGUUAGAUGAUAUAUAUAAAUGUAGUGUUGGGUAGCAUUUAACAGCUUUUCCUACGGAAUCUGGAUUUAUUAAUUUGGCCGUUAUAUUGUGUGCCAAAAAAUAUAAUUUCUUGAUUUGUAUUUUCUAAUCAGAGUGGAGGCUACUUUUCUGUUUUUAGGGGAGAAUGUGGUUAAAGACCAAACGCUAAACAGACCUACGCCUUAACUCUUUGUCUUCAUCUGAUACAUGUCCAUCUGUCGUCUGUCAUGGAAAUCAUCUGUAAUCUCUAUUAAAGGUUAUAUUGUGGAUUUAUCUUGUGGCUUCUCAUGUUAACACUGGCCUUUGGAGAACUGAUCCAGCAUGGCAUUUCAAGCACGUGUUCAUGAUAUUGUGUUGUGUGACGCCCUAUAAUAAAUGUUAUACUACUUCC